AUGUACGCCGAGGUCAGGAAUUCACAAUGGAUACAUUGGCAAACAACAUUCAAGAAUUUGUCUAUGAUCCUGCAAAUGGAUUGUUUUGAAUCUUGGUACAACCGUUUUGAAGACGUUUUCAUUGUCGAUGGGGCGUCUCUUGAUGAUGCAGCCAAGGUUCGUCUUCUCAUGAGAAAAAUGAACUCAAUCGCUCAUGAGAAAUAUGCGAACUUGAUUUUACCAAAACAAGUCAAGGAUAUAAGUUUUGAGGAGACAAUAAAAAAACUCAAAGGUAUGUUUGGUCGUAAAGGUACUCUAUUCAAUGUUCGAUUCAGCUGUCUUCAAACAAUCAAACGAAAGACAGACGAUUUGGUUACCUACGCAUCAUUUUUGAACAAAAAUUGGGAAGAAUUCAAAUUGAGUGACCUUUUCAUCUAUCAAUUCAAAUGUCUGUUAUUUGUGACUGGACUACAAGCCCCAGAAGACUCGGAAAUCCGAACAAGAUUAUUAGCGUCGCUUGAAGAUGAAGAAAAAGCAAAAACCAUCACACUCGACAAAUUAAUUUCUGAAGCUCAUCGAUACAUCAAUCUCAAAAAAGAUACUGCAAUGAUUGAACAUACACCACAGCCAUCUUCAAUUGUCAAUACAGUUUCAUCAAGUCAAAAAUUCAGUCAACCCCAGCGCAAUGGGUCAUUCCAGCAAAGAUCUGAUACAACCAAGACACCAAGAACACCUUGUUGGCAAUGUGGAGCUAUGCACUUCUCUCGGGACUGUACAAAUUCACAACACAAAUGUUCUCAAUGCAAAAAGAUAGGACACAAAGAGGGUUACUGCUCCUGUUACAACAAAUCAAAUUCAUCAUCAAAUCAAGAAGGUAGCAAUGCAAUUCAAACAACUGUGAAUUGUAUUGAACAUUCAAGCAAGCGAAAAUUCAUCACAGUUCAGAUCAGUGAUGUACAUAAUGCUAAACACAUUAAGGACACACCUAUUAAGCUUCAAAUAGACAGAGCAUCCGACAACAGCAUCAUAAGUCAAUCAGUGUGGAAUAAGUUAGGCAGACCAGGGUCACGUCUAAGUGAAAAAGCAAAAAGUGCAACUAGUCAUAACAUAAAACUAAUUGCUGAUUUCACCUGCAGCAUUCGUCUCCGUUCUGGAGAGGUAAGUCAGGGAAAGUUUUUCGUUACUGACAUAAACCUGAACUUAUUCGGGAUUGAAUUAUGUUUCAAUCUUUGGGAUAAAUCUCUUAGCAAUGUAUGUUGCCAAAUCAGUCACACUCCACAUCGUGAUGCAGCCAUUGCAAGUAUUCGUCAAGAAUACAAGGGUUUAUUCGACGAACCAGCAUGCAUUAAGGUCGACGUUCAGCUUCACCUCAAGCCUGGAGCUAUUCCUGUAUUCAGAGCAAAGAGACCCGUGGCAUAUUCUGUAAUACCAAUAAUUGAAAAAGAACUGAAACGCCUGGAAGAUCUUGGUAUCAUAACCCCAGUAGACUUUUCCGAAUGGGCGGCACCUAUUGUAGCAGUAAGAAAACAGAAUGACGAAUCGAAUUUCGCUGAGUUACGUGAAGCAAAUUGUGGACGUGAUCGUCCACGAUCAACAAUUUGUGGAGAUUAUUCUUCAGGCCCCAACGAUGCUCUAGAACCACAUCAGUAUCCACUUCCAAUUUCUGACGACAUAUUCGCAACACUCAGCAACAAGAAUAUUUUCAGUCAUAUUGAUCUAACUGACGCUUAUUUACAGAUACCAGUUUCUACUGAGUCACGAAAAUGUCUGACUAUCAACACUCACAAAGGUUUGUACAAUGUCAAUCGCUUAGCACCCGGAGUGAAGUCAGCACCAGGAGCUUUCCAGCAACUUAUGGAUACUCUACUAGCAGGGUUGAAAGGUGUUGCAGCUUACUUGGAUGAUAUAAUCAUAAGUGGCUCCUCCUGGGAAGAACAUCUCCAAAGUCUUCACGAGGUACUGAAGCGCCUUUUUGAUUAUGGAUUUCGAGUGAAGAUUCAAAAAUGUUCAUUUUUCGCAUCACAAAUCAAGUACCUUGGACAUAUAAUUGAUAAGAAUGGGUUACAACCAGAUCAACAGAAAAAGUAG